AUGGCUACUCUUCAAGACAUUGGCGUCUCUGCCUUCAUAAACAUAUUGAGUGCUUUUGCUUUCUUGUUGGCUUUUGCUCUGUUGAGAAUUCAACCAAUCAAUGACAGAGUUUACUUCCCCAAGUGGUACAUUAAUGGUACGAGAAGCAGUCCAAGGAGGCGAGGCAACUUUGUGGCCAAAUUUGUUAAUCUCAAUUUCAAGACUUACUUGACUUUCUUGAAUUGGAUGCCGGAGGCUAUGAAGAUGUCUGAGAAACAGAUUAUAAGCCAUGCUGGUCUUGACUCUGCUAUUUUCUUGAGGAUUUACACUCUUGGUUUGAAGAUUUUUGUACCUAUGUCAGUCUUGGCUCUCCUAAUUCUUAUUCCAGUCAAUGUAUCAAGUGGUACACUGUUCUUUUUGAGAAAAGAAUUAGUUAUGAGUGAUAUCGAUAAGCUUUCAAUAUCAAAUGUUCGUCCUCAAUCUAUAAGAUUUUUUGUUCACAUAGCUUUGCAAUAUUUGUUCACUGCAUGGACUUGCUUCAUGCUGUACAAGGAAUAUGAUAAUGUAGCAUCAAUGAGGUUGCAUUUCUUGGCUUCACAAUCUCGGCGUGCUGAACAGUUUACAGUAGUGGUGAGGAAUGUGCCACAUGUUUCUGGUGACUCAAAAUCAGACACAGUGGAACAAUUUUUCAGAAAAAACCACCCAAAUACUUACCUUUGUCAGCAGGCAGUUUAUAAUGCAAAUAGAUUUGCAAAACUUGUGAGGAAAAGAGAUAGGCUCCAAAAUUGGCUGGACUACAACCAGCUUAAGUUUGAAAGGCAUCCGGACAAGAGGCCCACCAGGAAGACAGGAUUUUUGGGACUUUGGGGUGAAAGAGUGGACUCCAUUGACUACUACAAACAACAAAUUCAAGAACUGGAAAAAAGAAUGGCAUUGGAGCGUCAGAAAAUUCUCAAAGACGCAAAAUCUAUCUUGCCAGUUGCUUUUGUUUCAUUUAAUUCGCGUUGGGGAGCUGCUGUUUGUGCACAAACACAGCAAAGCAAGAACCCAACCCUGUGGUUGACAAAUUGGGCUCCUGAACCUCGUGAUAUUUAUUGGCGAAAUUUGGCUAUACCAUUUGUUUCAUUGAGCAUCCGAAAGCUGAUAAUAUCUUUGUCAGUGUUUGCUUUGGUGUUCUUUUACAUGAUACCCAUUGCUUUCGUGCAAUCCCUUGCAAAUUUGGAAGGUCUUGAAAAGGUUGCUCCUUUCCUCCGGCCAGUAAUCGAGCUGAAAUUCAUCAAAUCAUUCCUCCAGGGUUUCCUUCCCGGUCUUGCUCUUAAAAUCUUUUUGUACAUUCUUCCUACACUUUUGAUGAUAAUGUCAAAGAUUGAGGGAUACAUUGCAGUUUCAACUCUAGAACGGAGAGCAGCAGCAAAGUACUAUUACUUUAUGCUGGUGAAUGUAUUUUUGGGGAGCAUUAUAGCUGGAACAGCUUUUGAGCAGCUGCAUUCUUUCCUUCACCAGUCACCAACCCAGAUUCCUAGAACAAUUGGAGUUUCCAUUCCAAUGAAGGCUACUUUUUUCAUUACGUAUAUAAUGGUUGAUGGGUGGGCUGGUAUUGCUGGUGAGAUCCUCCGACUGAAACCAUUGGUCAUAUUUCAUCUGAAGAACAUGUUUUUGGUAAAAACGGAAAGAGACAGAGAAAAUGCAAUGGACCCUGGGAGUGUGGACUUUCCUGAGACUCUUCCUAGUCUCCAACUAUACUUCCUUUUGGGUAUUGUCUAUGCAGUGGUGACUCCAAUCCUGCUUCCUUUUAUAUUAGUCUUCUUUGCCUUGGCCUACCUGGUUUACCGCCAUCAGAUAAUUAACGUCUACAAUCAACAAUAUGAGAGUGCUGGUGCAUUCUGGCCCCAUGUUCAUAGCCGCAUAAUCGCAAGUUUAUUGAUAUCUCAACUGCUAUUGAUGGGCUUGCUGAGUACAAAAAAAGCUGCUAAUUCAACUCCUUUGCUAGUUAUCUUGCCCAUACUGACGUUGACCUUCCACAAGUACUGCAAGAGCCGGUUCGAACCUGCAUUUAGAAAGUACCCACUUGAGGAAGCCAUGGCAAAAGACAUAUCAGAUCGGACAACGGAACCUGAUCUUAACUUGAAAGCAUACUUGGCUGAUGCAUACCUACAUCCCAUUUUCCAUUCUUUUGAGGAAGAAGAGUUAGUUGAGGUUAGAGUGGACAAACACGAAGCACAUGUUGCGAGUGCUCGGAUGAGCGAACGUAGCUCUCCUUCUCCUCCACAUCAAGUCUAUCAUCCUUCUUCCCCACCACUUGAAUAUCAUCCUUCUCCCCCACAACAUAUCUAUCAUCCUUCCUCACAACCCCAUUACAUUUAUCAUCCCUCCUUCCCACCUCAUUAUGCCUAUGAUUAUGAAAAUGAGCCCUGAACAUAGAGAGCUAUUUAUCUACACUAGAAGAGUUGCUAACUACCAUUUGUUCAACUACUUACCACUAUUCAUUGAGAUAGUGCCCUUCCACCUACCAUUAUGGGUUAAUCACAUUGUAUUUUCUUGAUAUAUGCUUGGAAAUGAUGCAGGAAAUUUAGGAACUUGCAACAGCUAGUUCACACUAAUUUAAUUUAUAUCAUGCUUUCACACUUUCCUUAUAGUAUGUAUCGGCAACUCUCAUGAAUUUAUGUAAAGCGUGUGGUUUUUUAGUCAUCAAAUGGCUGAAUACAUAUAUUUACCCUUUAACUUUUCAAUUUUAAUCUCGUGGCACCCUGAACUUUGCGAGUGACGGGUCGUGCAUCUAAA